GCGUGUGGUGCGUGUGGUGCCGGAAAAGCAUGCAGCGCCGACGCAAAGACUCCUUUUCGUUGCAGUUCAAGUCGCGGGCGCGCUCGCGCAGCAUCAAGAAUGAGUGGCGGAAGUUACUCUACUUGAAGCAGAACUAUCCCGACAACUACAUCGACAGGGCCCUCUUCUUGAAGAGCCUCAAGAAGAACUCCACCGUCGUCAAAUACAGCUACUGGAACAUCUCCAACGACUUCAGUCUUGUGAGCUUGCAUCUCUGCAAUGUUUUGAUGGUCUACUGCUUCUUUGUCUAUUCCUACUCCCACAACAAUGCUCUUCUCUCUUUCUGCGUCACACUCGCCACUAUCACCAUCUACCUCUGUUUCUAUCGUCUCAAUCCAAACGCCUUUGGCUUUGCUGCUGAUGCAAUUGACCACUUCAAGCUCUUCAAGUCGUCUGUCGUUAUUAUCUCCUUCCUCUUGAGUUUGUCUCCCAUCUUGAAAUCAUUGACAAAUUCGAUAUCCAGCGACUCAAUAUGGGCUCUAUCUUUCUGGCUAUGCAUUUUAAACAUCCUUACAAACAACUACCAGUUCAGCAACAAUACAAAAGAUAAUAACAAAAACAAAGACAACUACACUUACUCAAUUGUCGCUUUCAACAUCCAAUUCUCAAACCUAAUCGUCCUAGCUUCAAGAUUAUCCUCAAUCAUCCAGGUUUUUUGUUUCAUUUUAAUCUCAAUUCAGUUUAUAUCAAUUUACCCGAUUUUUCAACACCAUUUGAGAAUCUAUAAUAAAUCUCGUCCUCACAAAAACUCAAAUAAAUUCCUCUUCGUUUCUUACUUUAUUCUAUCAACUGCUUUUUUCUUUAAUUUGUUCAAACAUUCAAAUUCAAUCUGGAUUCUAAUCGUUUUUUGGUUCUCCCUAAAUUUUCUCAUUUUGUUUAUUUUCCCUCUUUAUUUCAUUUAUUUACAAAACUUUAAAAAUGAACUUCAAGGUCCCUGGGAUCCUGCAAAGCCAAUCUAUCAAUAA